CGAAUAUUGUGGCCACAAGACUGUAUUUCGGUGUUCAGAAAUCUGUCUUAUCAUCAAUGGCAGAUCACUCUUCUGAGCCGCCAGUAUCAGAACUCGCUGCCACAACCCUAAACGAUGCCGCUGCGUUGAAGGCCCGGUUCUCCGACCGGGUCCAUAUCAAAUCAAUUGUAUCCCGACCCGACGGGGGUGCGGGGCUUGCCGGCCAACGAGUUCGGGUCGGUGGAUGGGUCAAGACUGGUAGGGAGCAAGGGAAGAACACGUUCGCUUUCCUUGAGCUCAACGACGGGUCGUGCCCUGCGAACUUACAGGUCAUUGUGGAUGCCGCCGUGGCGGAUCUGGGCCAGCUGGUGCUGACCGGCACGUGCGUUGUUGUUGAAGGCGUGCUUAAGCUACCACCGGAGGGUACCAAGCAGAAGGUGGAGCUCCGGGUGGAGCAGGUUAUCCACGUCGGCCCUGUGGAUCCAUCCAAGUAUCCCAUCCCUAAGACGAGGCUUACACUUGAGUUUUUGAGGGAACACAUUCACCUUCGACCGAGAACUAACACGAUUUCUGCUGUCGCAAGAAUUCGAAAUGAACUUUCUUUCGCUACCCACUCGUUCUUUCAAGAGCACGGGUUCCUUUAUGUUCACACUCCAAUUAUAACCACCAGCGAUUGUGAGGGUGCUGGUGAGAUGUUUCAAGUAACAACCUUGAUCAAUGAAGCGGAAAAACUAGAGAGGGAGCUAAUUGUGAAUCCUCCACCUUCAAAAGCUGACGUAGAAGCUGCUAGGCUUAUGGACAAAGAGAAAGGAGAAGCGGUUGCCCAACUAAAAGCUUCUAAAGCAAAUAAGCAAGACAUUAAUUCUGCUGUAGCUGAACUGAAAAGAGCAAGAGAAAACGUUUCUAAGCUGGAGGAGAGAUUUAACCUUAAACCGGGCAUCCCUAAAAAAGAAGGAAAAAUCGAUUAUGGCCAAGACUUUUUCGGCCGUCAAGCGUUUUUGACUGUUUCUGGCCAACUACAAGUUGAAACUUAUGCGUGCGCAUUAAGCAGUGUCUAUACAUUUGGUCCAACUUUCCGUGCUGAACAAUCUCACACUUCAAGGCAUUUGGCUGAAUUCUGGAUGGUGGAGCCAGAAAUAGCUUUUGCGGAUCUUAAGGAUGAUAUGAACUGUGCCGAGGCAUAUGUGAAAUAUCUGUGUCAGUGGUUGCUUGACAAAUGUCUUGAUGACAUGGAAUUUAUGGCUAAGCAUAUUGAUAAAAGUUGCAUUGAUCGUCUAAGAUUGGUCGCUUCUACACCUUUUGUACGUAUAUCUUAUACGGAAGCAGUGGAAUUACUACAGCAGGCUGUGAAGGAUGGUAAGAAGUUUGAGAACAAAGUAGAAUGGGGAAUUGAUCUAGCGUCUGAACAUGAAAGAUACUUGACCGAGGUUAAAUUUCAGAAGCCUGUUAUUGUGUACAAUUACCCGAAAGGGAUCAAAGCAUUCUACAUGAGGCUUAACGAUGACUCAAAGACAGUGGCUGCAAUGGAUGUACUUGUACCAAAGGUGGGAGAGUUAAUUGGUGGAAGCCAAAGAGAGGAGCGAUAUGAAAACAUCAAGGAAAGAAUCUUGGAGAUGGGGCUGCCUCUCGAGCCGUAUGAAUGGUACCUCGACCUGCGACGCUUUGGAACCGUGAAACACAGUGGAUUUGGACUAGGGUUUGAACGGAUGAUUCUGUUUGCCACCGGUAUUGACAAUAUUAGAGAUGUUAUUCCUUUCCCAAGAUACCCCGGGAGAGCGGAUCUGUGAUUUGCAAUUUAUAAAACACGUAGAAAUCUAAAUAUUUUCUGGCUGAAGAAUUGAACUAGUUUGAUCUAUUCGAACUUUAUUGCGACUUAGUUCUUGAUUUAUUUCAAAUAGAAAUUACACUAUUGAAAAGAAAGGCUAUCGGGUCUCUUGUGUAUUUGGAAGAAAAUAGAAAUAUGUUUGUCAGUUCUUACAUGUA